AUCCGAACAGUCAACGAGUUAAAGAGAGUGAACGCACUGCUUCGUCACUUGCUUAGCACUGUAACAGUAAAACAAACACCAAACAUUUUUCCAUAAACUACCGGCAAUGAUCGCCGGAGCUCGACGGAAAAACAUUAAUCAAGCAGCGGUAACAAUGGCAACGAGAAGGAGAGCACCUAAAACGACGCUGUUUUUAGCACUGAUAACAUCUUUACUAGCAUUGGGAGUGUUGCUUCCGGUAGUCUUUGCUCCUCUCCCGUCUCUUCCUCACACUCAUCAUCACCGUCACCGGAAGGUAAAUGGAAGAAGAAGCUUCGAGAUUAACGAGGAUAUGUUUUGGAGAGACGGUGAGACUUUUCGGAUAAUCGGAGGCGAUUUACACUAUUUUCGGAUUCUUCCUCAGUACUGGGAAGAUAGGUUGUUGAGAGCAAAGGCUUUGGGAUUGAAUACAAUUCAAACCUAUGUUCCUUGGAAUCUACAUGAGCCACAACCUGGCAACUUUGUUUUUGAUGGUAUUGCCGAUCUAGUUGCCUUCCUCAAACUCUGCCAGAAGCUAGAUUUUCUUGUUAUGCUUCGACCUGGGCCUUAUAUUUGUGGAGAGUGGGAUUUAGGCGGUUUUCCUGCUUGGUUACUAGGUGUAGAACCGGCUCUCAAACUGAGGUCAUCUGAUCCUGCUUAUCUUAAGUUGGUUGACAAAUGGUGGGGAGUACUGCUACCAAAGGUCGCUCCUCUCCUUUAUAACAAUGGAGGCCCCAUUAUAAUGGUUCAGAUCGAAAAUGAAUUUGGGUCAUAUGGAGAUGAUAAACCUUAUCUUCAUCACCUGAUCAACUUGGCCAGACAAAACCUUGGGGAGAGCAUAAUAUUGUAUACGACAGAUGGUGGCUCUAGGGAAAAUCUUGAGAAAGGAACAAUUCUAGGAGAUGCUGUAUUUUCAGCUGUUGAUUUCACAACUGGUGAUGAUCCUUGGCCUAUAUUCAAUUUACAGAAAGAGUUUAAUUCCCCUGGGAAAUCACCACCACUAUCUGCGGAGUUUUACACUGGUUGGCUGACGCACUGGGGAGAGAAGAUUGCGCAGACAGAUGCUGAAUAUACAGCUUCUGCCUUGGAAAAUAUUUUAGCACGAAAUGGGUCUGCUGUGCUUUAUAUGGCCCAUGGUGGAACAAACUUUGGAUUUUAUAAUGGAGCAAAUACUGGCGCCGCUGAUAAGUCUGAUUACAAGCCAGAUCUCACUUCCUACGAUUAUGAUGCGCCAAUUAGAGAAUCUGGUGAUGUGGACAAUGCUAAAUUUCAUGCACUACGAAGGAUAAUAGGGCAAUACAGUGCAGUGUCUCUUCCCCCAGUUCCUCCAAAUACUGACAAGACAGGAUAUGGACCUAUUCAAUUACAGAAAACAGCAUUUUUAUUUGAUUUACUUAAUGUGAUUAAUCCUGCUGAUAUGGGCGAGUCUGAAAAUCCAGUCUCAAUGGAAUCUGCGGGACAGAUGUUUGGAUUUCUAGUAUAUGUUGCCCAGUAUUCUUCAAAGCUUGAUGGAAGUUUAUUAUCUAUACCAGAGGUGCAUGACAGAGUUCAAGUGUUCACAUUGUGCCCUUCUGGCAGAAAUGGCGGGAGGCCAACAUAUGCCGGUGCUAUUGAGAGGUGGUCAAAUCAAAAUCUUGUCCUUCCUAAUGCUAAAUGUGCCUUGAACAGCAGCUUAAUUCUUUUGGUUGAGAAUAUGGGACGUGUAAAUUAUGGGAAAUACAUGUUUGAUAGGAAGGGAAUUUUGUCAUCUGUUUAUCUAGAUAGAAGAAUUUUAAAUGGAUGGAAAAUGAUUUCAGUUCCUCUUCACAACCUGAACGAGAUGCCAAAAAUCAAUCCCAUAAUUCCAGAUGCACUUUCAAGAUUCCUUGCAGCAUCAGCCCACACAAAAUUAAAUAAAAAGCAUAAGAGUACUUCGAAAGAACCAGCAUUCUACACGGGGCACUUUUCAAUUGAGAAAGCAGACCAAGUUAAAGAUACAUUCAUAUCAUUUACCGGUUGGGGUAAAGGAAUAGCUUUUGUGAAUGACUUUAACAUAGGGAGAUAUUGGCCGUCAUAUGGACCACAAUGCAACCUUUAUGUCCCUUCUCCAGUUCUUCGGCAGGGGGAUAAUGUUUUGGUUAUUCUUGAGCUAGAGUCUCCGCAGUCAGAACUUGUACUACAUUCAGUAGAUCAGCCAGACUUCAUGUGUGGUUCAAGUAAAUCAAACUUGCAUCAGCUUUAGCGACGCAUUUUAUGCAUGCAAAAACUGUGGUACACAAUUUCCGGAACUCCAACACUAUACAGCUAGUUGGCAUUGUGUAGGAUGAAAGACAAUACAGUCAAAAGGAUAAGGAACAAGUUUUGGAGAUUGGAGUACUUCAAUUAUUCAUCAAUGCAGCUUGUAAAAAUAGCUUGUCUUCCAAGUUACAUCAAAUCCUUCAAUGGAAAUAAAAAAUGUAUAUCUUUUA